GGUAUUGUUGGCGUCUCGGAGCGUCUCGGCGCUCGCCUUCAGUACACUCUAGUUCGUCGCACCGUCAACGUCUAGUGCAAUGAAGAUCCUCUCAAACUUCGCGUCCAAAGAGGACAACAACAACAACAACAACAAUGAUAACUGUGUUGGAGAUUCUCCUACAUCCAAACUAUUCUGCGUUUCGCGCAUCACACCCUCCCUGUUCCUGAGUGGUGCCCCCGCCGUCAGAGAGGAUGUGUUGGUCAGUCUGGGGGUGAGUUACGUCGUCAGUGUCGCCCCUGAGCUGCCGCCUCCACCUCUACCUCCGCAGGUUGCCCUGGUGUUGCGGGUGCCCUUGAAGGAUCUUCCCUCUGAAGACCUUCUCUCCAGGCUCCAUACCACAACUGACACAAUACAACAGGUGAUCGAAGGCGGAGGUAGAGUGCUAGUACAUUGUGUAGCCGGUGUCAGUAGAUCAGCUGCUAUAGUGCUCGCCUACCUAGUGAAACAUCAACGCCUGCCUCUGCAUGACGCAUUCACCCACCUUCGCGCGUGCAGGCCAGCCGUGCGGCCAAACACAGGGUUCUUCCGCCAACUCAUCGAGUUUGAACAGCAAACGAUGGGAACAACAUCGGUAGAUAUGGUUUUCAACUCCGCCGCCAGAACUCACAUUCCCGAUGUCUACGAGCCAGACUAUCAGAACACCCUGUGUUUCUUGAACAACAGAAACUUUGGCAAACACUAAACUCUCAUCCUGUCAUUUGUUAUUUAAGCUAAACUCAACGAAAGAUUGUCACUUCAAAAUAAUAAUAGACCUCUAACUCUGAUUGACACUGUCAAGAGGAGUCCCAGGUGUCCCCUCUAAAAAAAUGUUCUCAGCCCAUUCAAAUUUUUGUCAGAAAAUGUUUAGACUGUUCUACCGUAAAAGAGUGAUCGCUAAAAUGUAGUUUUGAUCACUAAACUUACAAAUAUCGAAUACUAAUGAAAGAGCCAAAAAUUUUGCAUAGAAAAUAUUUUAUUCUAUUUGUUUUUUUCUUUCAAAAUUCGUUAAACGUAACAAGUAUAAGGUGUAAUACUUAUCUUUACUUAAGAUCUAGACGUUUUGUUAAGAGAUUAUGUUGUGAGUAUGAUUAAAUAUGAUUUACUUUCUGACAAAUUAAUAAGAUGAAUGCUUUGGAAAACCUCCUAUGCUUUUUUUUUUAUGAAAAAGAGCAUAUAGAUUAUGUGACAAUCUUUUAUGACCAUUAGAUUAAGAUAAUAACACUAGACUAUAAGUUGGGUUAAACAAUGAAUUAAAAACAUUAUUGGUCAAUGUACAUUUCAAUUGCUUACGGUAUUGAUAGUCCAGAGAAGAUGCUGGUUGUAGGACACAGUAAAAUGGUGGGAAUGGUGCUUAGAUUUAGAAACCAAACAAAAAAUAAAAUAAAAAAUGCUGACAAGACUAAGUGUACCUACCAUUUUAUAUUUUAAAAAUCAUAAAAUUUGAUCACAAGUCUGAGUAUUAACAAAUUUUGAUAGGCAUAUUAUAUUCUUCAAUAUUAUUCAGUUCUCAAAGUAAAAA